GAUUACAGGUUUACCCCUAAAUACCCUCUGUUGAAGCAAUGGCCCUCCUUGCUACUCGCCGUGUCUCUGUGCCCUGCACUCGCCAGGCUCGGCGCAUCGCCGUGCCGAGCUCGGUGCGCUCUCGCGGCGCCCUGCAAGUGAAGGCCCUGUUCGGCGGUGGCCAGGGUGGCGGUGGCAACCCCUUCGACAUGAAGAACCUGAUGGAGUCUGUGAAGAAGGCGCAGCAGCUGGUGCAGACGGAGACGGCCCGCGUGCAAGCCGAGCUGGCUGCCACUGAGUUCGAGGGCUAUGACGAGGAGGAGACCGUGCGUGUGAUCAUGUCGGGCAACCAGGAGCCCAAGGGUGUGGAGAUCACGCAAGCGGCUCUGGAUCUGGGCGCUGAGGAGUGCUCCAAGCGCACCACCGACGCCAUGCGCGAUGCCCACAAGAAGUCCGUCACGGGCAUGAAGGAGAAGAUGCGCGAGCUGGCCAAGAACCUGGGCAUCCCCAACCCUGGCGCCCUGAACAUGUAAAGCGCGUUCCAUCAGACAGACAGAUAGAGAUAGAUGAAAGCAUUUGCGUCGAGGUUUUAUGCAAUCAUCAUCUUCUUACACAGUCAUGAAGAAGUACGUUUCUGGUGGUUGGCGGGCAUGGGCAUGCGCUGUUGCAAACAGGGUGCAUACGGUGCGGUACGUGCCAUGUACUGGACUUGAGGGCAGGCCGGCCCAGGCACGAUGCCUCAUGCCGCGUUUGCUCAGUAAGUUUGGACAUGUGUUCCGUUGUUUGUGUCAAGUGGUGUUAAGCCAUUCGUUGACCCUGAUUUGCUGCACGGCUCGUUUGUUGGGUGCCAGGUCUGCCAAAGGCCGGAGGUGUUUUGCGUGUAGUCACACGCAAGCGGAUUAGUGUGUUGCACAGGAUGCUGAGUCCUGAGUUUGUUGUUUUACAUGAGUGUUCACGGACGGAUGAUGGGUGCCCGUGGGUACACUCGUGUCGAGAAGGUGCCUACGCGUGCUGCUGGAAAUAAUACGGACCAAAACGCCACACGUGUAAGAAAUGCGCUGC